AUGACGCACAAGUCCACCCGGGGGAGACUUUACCCAGCUGCUCUGAACACCUUCUUGCACAUGAGGAGACAUGGCUCAUAUAUUCUGACACAGUCUGAAGAUAACAGAGGCAUAAAGGCACCUCCCAUCGCCCCAUCGCCCCAUCUCCCAUCAUCCCAUAGUCCCAUUGCCCCAUCUUCCCAUCGCCCCACCAUCCCAUCGCCCAUCAUCCUAUCAUUCCAUCGCCCCGUCGCCCCAUCGUCCCAAAGCCCCAUUGCCCAUCGUCCCACCGUCUCACCGCCCCAUCGUCCCAUCGCCCCAUCGCCCCAUCGUCCCAUAGCCCCAUCGCCCAUCGUCCCAUCGUCUCAUCGUCCCAUCGUCCCACAGUCCCGUCGUCCCUUGAUUCCGAGGCUGGCCACUGUUGCUAGAAGUCAGCAGAAUGCUACUGGGCGCCCGACUUCCUCACAGAGAGCAUCCAGAUUCUGGCGGCGCGCGACUUUCUCCCACGACUGUAUCCGUGCUUUGGUCCAGGCGUGUCUCAUCGCCCCAUCGUCCCAUCGUCCCAUCGUCCCAUCGCUCCACCGUCCCAUCGUCCCAUCGUCCCAUCGCUCCAUUGUCCCAUCGCCCAUCCUCCCAUGGGCCCAUCCUCCCAUGUUCCCAUCGCCCCACCGCCGCACCGUCCCACCGCUCCACCGUCCCAUCCCUCCAUCGUCCCUUCGUCCCAUCUUCCCAUCGUCCCAUCCUCCCAUCGCCCCAUCAUCCCAAAGCCCCAUCGCCAUCGCCCAUAGUCCCAUCGCCCCAUCGCCAUCGCCCAUCGUCCCAUCGCCCCAUCAUCCCACCGUCCCAUCACCCCACCGCCCACCGUUCCAUCGCCCCAUGUUCUCAUCUUCCCAUCGUCCCAUCGUCCCAAAGCCCCAUUGCCCAUCGUCCCAACUUUCCAUCGCCCCAUCGCCCCAUCGUCCCAUGUUCCCAUCGCCCCACCGCCGCACCAUCCCACCGCCCCAUCGCUCCACCGUCCCAUCGUCCCAUCUUCCCAUCGUCCCAUCCUCCCAUCGUCCCAAAGCCCCAUCGCAAAAUUGCCCAUCGUCCCAACUUUCCAUCGCCCCAUCUCCCCAUCGUCCCAUGUUCCCAUCGCCCCACCGCCGCACCGUCCCACCGUCCCAUCGCCCCAUCAUCCCAUCGCCCCAUCUCCCCAUCGUCCCAUGUUCCCAUCGCCCAUCGUCCCAUAGCCCCAUCGUCCCAUCGUCCCGCCGUCCCAUCGCCCCAUCGUCCCAUGUUCCCAUCGCCCCACCGCCGCACCAUCCCACCGCCCCACCGUCCCAUGGCUCCAUCUUCCCAUCGUCCCUUCGUCCAUCUUCCCAUCGUCCCAUCCUCCCAUUGUCCCAUCGUCCCAAAGCCCCAUCGCCAUCGCCCAUCGUCCCAUCGCCCCAUCGUCCCACCGUCCCAUCGUCCCAUCGUCCCAUCGCCCCAUCGUCCCAUGUUCCCAUCGCCCCACCGCCGCCGCACCAUCCCACCGUCCUAUCGCCCCACCGCCGCACCAUCCCACCGUCCUAUCGCCCCAUCGCUCCACCGUCCCAUCGUCCCAUCGCUCCAUCGCCCCAUCGUCCCUUCGUCCCAUCUUCCCAUCGUCCCAUCCUCCCAUCGUCCCAAAGCCCCAUCGCCCCAACUUUCCAUCGCCCCAUCGUCCCAUCGCCCCAUCGUCCCAUGUUCCCAUCGCCCCACCGUCCCAUCGCCCCAUCGUCCCUUCGUCCCAUCUUCCCAUCGUCCCAUCGUCCCAUCGUCCCAUCGUCCCAAAGCCCCAUCGUCCAUUGCCCAUCGUCCCAUCGUCCCAACUUUCCAUCGCCCCAUCGUCCCAUCGUUCCAUCGCCCCAUCGCUCCAUCGUCCCAUCUUCCCUUCGUCCCAUCGUCCCAAAGCCCCAUCGCCAUCGCCCAUCGUCCCAUCGCCCCAUCGUCCCAUCGUCCCAUUGCCCCAUCGUCCCAAAGCCCCAUCGCCCCAUCGUCCCAUUGUCCCAUUGCCCCAUCGUCCCAAAGCCCCAUCGCCAUCGCCCAUCGUCCCAUCGUCCCAUCGCCCCAUCGUCCCAUCGCCCAUCGCCCCAUCGCCCAUCGUUCCUUCCGUCCAUCGCCCAUCGCCCCAUCGUCCCAUCGCCCCAUCGCCCCAUCGCCCAUCGUUCCUUCGGUCCAUCGCCCAUCGUCCCAUCGUCCCAACGCCCAUCGUCCCAUCACCCCAUCGUCCCAUCGUCCCAUCGUCCCACAGUCCCGUCGUCCCUUGAUUCCGACGCCUGA